AUGUAUCAUUCUCGCUUAUUUUUUCCACUCCGAACCCGACCGAACCUGCCUCAGGUCGACCAUAUUUUCGCGCGAGUACCCCGAAUCUUUUCGCCGCAAUUCGCUAGUCGCAUUCACGCCACGCGACGAGCGACGAGCGACGAGAUGAGGGGUCACAAGGUAGCGAUCUCGGCGGCAUCGCGUGUCGCAUCCUCUCUGGCGCGCUUCGCGGUUCAGCCCUCCGCCGAUGCCGCUGCCACCGCCGCAUGUGUGCGGCAAUCCGCGCAAAGCGCCGCCUCCCCCGCCUCCGCGUCCGGCUUCCGCCUCUCGUUUGCGCGCGGAGUGCGCACUCGCCCGAAACUGCGCGUCGUGCUCACAGCGGAGGUGGAAGGGCUGGGUUACGCGGGCGAGCAAGUAAACGUCCCAGCUGGCUUUGCGCGCAACAAGCUCAUCCCCCAGAAGGCCGCCCUCCCCGCCAUCCCCAAGUUCCUGCGCCAGGUGCGCGAGGCCAUGGAGGCGCAGGGGGAGACGCAGGGGGAGGCGCGGGGGGAGGCGCGAGUGGAAGCGCGGGGGGAGGCGGAGGGGGAAGCGCGGGGAGUGGGAGGGGAUGCGGGACGAGGGGGCGAGGAGGGCGGUGAAGUGGUUACAAUGGAGGAGAGAGUGAAGGAGGCCGAGGAGAUUGCACGACGACUCGACAGCCUGAGAUUGUCCAUCCGAGCCGUCACACCCAAGAGGUCCUCUGAGCUGCGCCAACCAAUCACGCAGCGCCACAUCAUCAGCGAGGUUCGGCGUCAGUUCGGCAUCCAGCUAUCCGAAGCAAACGUGCCUCUGUCCGCGCCUCUCUCGUCCAUCGGUGAUUACGAAGUGCUGCUGAGGUUCCCUCGCUCUGUUCCGCUGCCGGGAGAGAGAGAGCAGGUUCAGCUGGCUGUGCGUGUGAGGAGAUGUUGA